UGCACCAUGCACAACACUGAACAGUCUAAGGGUAUCUAACGAGCUCUCAAGAAGCAGGUCGAGUAGAGUCGGAGAUCGAUGUCUCUCAUCCUGCAUUCAACGUCUCCCUUCCUGAUUCCCAAAUAUCGUAACCCUUCAAACCCUAUCUUCUGUUCUCCGACCUCCAGCUUCAAAGUAGCAACUAUUCUCUCCUCCUUUGGCCCCUUGGCCAUCGCCCUAAGUCUUACCUCUCCUCUUUCUUCUCUAGCUUCCUAUCCCUUUGCUUCGCAGAACUUUCCCAUUUCCACCACUCCGUACUCCCAAUCCCAGAGUUUGAAUCUUGGAUUGGAAGAUGGAAAGAUUAGGCCUUGUCCGUCCACUAAUCCAGGUUGUGUUUCUAGUAAUCCGAAGUCGUCUUCAUUUUCUUUUCCAUUGGCGAUUCCAGAGGACUUUUUAGAGAACCCUGUGCAGAAACUGCGGGAUGCGAUACUUAGAACGCAAAGAAAUGUGAAGUUUGAGGUCGAUGAAGAAACCCCAUUUGGGCGAUAUCUGCAAGUGGAGGUUGAUGGGGGGUUUGGGCGCGAUGUGAUGGAGUUCUUGGUAAAGAAAGACAUUGUUGCUUACAGAUCCAUGGCUACAAAGGUUACAUACAUAUAUCCAUUCACUACAGCUUUAGGUGAUUCUAAAGGCCAGGAAGAAAGAAUGAACAAGAUCAAGGUAGAGUUAGGCUGGUAUUCUCCAAGUUUUGAAUCUAUGGAUAAUUAAAUUUCUUCUAGCUUCAAAGAAUAGUCUUUCUGGCUUUUGCUGGUAGGAUAUAUGGAGGUGUAUAUACUUGCUAGAAUCAUGUUAUUUAUUAUUUGUUUCACCUGACAUAAGAGUUUAGGCAAAAGUGGCCUAAAAUGAUUCCUCAUACAGAAAUUGUGAUACAUUAUUGGUAUGAAUUUAGUCUCUAAUGGAUCAUUUUAGAUCAA